AUGUCAAUCGCAGUAUCGAACAUAGAUACCCCUUUGACACCCAAAACAUCAAAUAGUAUAUCGGCACCUUCAUCAACACCAUCAACCCCAGUUAUCGAUAAUACAGGGUCACAAGAUCAAGGCACCGAAAUAACUUCUGGCAAAAAUGUUGUGCAAAACGUAAAUAAAUCAUCAAAUAUUGUAGGUGUGAAAGAAAGGACACCGCUUCAUGAAAUAAAUUUUAAUAGCCCUGUAAGAAAGGAUCGCACGACAAGAAGGCCACGAAAAAAACAUCCAGUGAAGAAUCAAAACCCUAGUAACAAUGAUCAAAGCAACAUAAAUAAAAUUUCAGGUAUCCAUCCGGCUGCAGAGCCGCUGAGAAAAGAUUUAACUAAUGAUGCGCCAAUAAUUAUUGAUGGAUCAGAGACAAGCGAACCACAAACACAAAUGCAAAUUUCGGUGAAACGGAAAUCAAAACAAUUCGAGGAUGACGAUGAUGAGAAAGAGUCGACUAAAAGAAAAAAAUCUGCAAGGAGAAAUAAAAAUGACAAAAAUUUACCAAAGAGACCUGCUAAUGCUUAUUUUCAAUUUUUAGCCCUUAGAAGGGCAGAAUUUACUAAACAAUAUCCGGAAUUGAGCGCACAAGAUGUAACUGUAUUCCUUGCCAAGAUUUGGAAGUCAAUGUCAAAAGCAGAAAAGAAACCAUAUGUUAAAAUAGCACAUGAACAAAAAGAAAAGUACAAAAAGGCAAAACAAGAAUAUGAUGGCAUGGACAAACUAGAGAAAUUAAAUGAAGAACAGGAUGCACCUUAUGAUAUCGAUCCAUUCCCUCAAUAUCCUGAUUUUCAAUCAAUGCUCAAUGCCCCACUAUCUUUUGGUCCAUUUGAACCUAUCUCAGAGGCAUCUUUCGAUGGUGAUUUUCAUGACCAGAAAGUUAAUGACAAUCCGUCUGUGUUGGUGAAAUACGAACCACGGAGCCCAACUUUGCUUUACGUGAAUAACAAUGCUCCCAGUACUCCAUCGCAGCCUCAAUAUUUUCCCAGUACUCCAUCGCAGCCUCGAUAUUUUCCCAGCAAUUCCAGUACUCCAUCGCAGCCUCAAUGUUUUCCCAGCAAUUCCAGUACUCCAUCGCAGCCUCAAUGUUUUCCCAGCAAUUCCAGUACUCCAUCGCAGCCUCAAUGUUUCCCCAGUAAUCCUAUUCAUACCUAUGUCGAUAGAAUACAACAAAUAUCUCAACAAACUUACAAGCAAUUCCAAGUUGAAUCCCAAUAUGUACCACCCAUUAAAUCUGAAUUCGUUUCCGUCCAAAAUAACAAUAAUCCAUCGCAACAAGAGUGUUUGCAGACACAAAGUACACCAAUCCAACCAGCUAUGCAACAAAUUCAAGUACCUCGACAAAUGCGAUAUCCUCAGCAACUAUCGACCAAUCCGAACAUGAUAUCAAUACCGCAAACUCCAAAUAUGUUACAUGCCCAAAUUUCACGACAAACGAAUCCGAAUAUGAUAUCAAUACCGCAAACUCCAAAUAUGUCACAUGCCCAAAUUUCACGACAAAAGAAUCCGAACAUGCUAUCAAUGCCGCAAACUCCAAAUAUGUCACAUGCCCAAAUUCCACGACAAACGAAUAAUGGUUCAUCAUUGCAGUCUUUGAAUCAACAGCAACAAACAGAAAAGCAGUUACGUUCUAUGCAACAAAUGCCAUAUCAAACAUGGCAGCCUACGUUAGUGUAUUCUCCAGAUAUGAGUGGACAGGCAAGCCAACAGAUGAUGAUGGGACAAAUCAUGCCACAGCAAAUGCCUCAGCAGAUCCCUCAAAAUAUGCGGCAACGACUUUGGCAAACAAUUCCAAAUCAAACGAAUAAUCAAUUUUCAUCAUAUAGAUCAACCCAACAAUUUGCCUGGCAACAACAAAAUAGAUCAAUGUAUAAUCCAUUGAAUAAUCAACAACAUGUGUUAAGUCCAAUAGAUAACCAUAUGAGGCCACAAAUACAAACUAAUCCACAGAUGAGAUGGUAUUAA